GUCGUCUGUCUGCGUCGUCGUCGUAUGUGUGACAGAGACAAAAACAUUUAGUGAAAAAAAGAACAGCUGACGCUGCGGACAGAAUUUAUUGAGGUGUUAAGUUUAGCUUGACUUAAAAUUCCGUCGAUCUUCCGUUUUAUAUGAUACUUAAUAAGCCAGUAAACAUCAUUUUCGAAUUCAAUUUUAUCGCAAUGAAAUGACUUUUUAGACCAGUGACUUGUUAUUGUUGAGGCUCCUAUUGACAUCUGACGUUUCCCUUUGUAAAUAAACAAACCAACCAUUUUUUAUGGCUUCUGUACUUGAAAAAACGGUCUACUUUCGGAACUUGAAGCACCGUUUCGCACUCAGUACCCAGGAUAAGCGAAGGUAACAAGCUUCUGGCGAUGAGGAAGGCAACCCGCGCGCAGUGCGCCAUGCCAGUGCAGCAGAUCAGCGUCAAUCCUGUGGAAUGGGGCAAGGAAAUUCCGCACGGCAUGGAUGAGGCGCCCGAGUGGAGGGAGGCAAUAUUAGCCUUGUCAGGAAAUCCAGUUCCACCUGAGCGAUGUAUGUCUCAAGCCUCAACUCUAUCCAACAGUUAUGACAUUUGCCGGAUAUGCCAUUGUGAGGGUGAAAGGGAUGCUCCUUUGAUAGCACCAUGCUAUUGUUCGGGGUCACUACGAUAUGUUCAUCAGGCUUGUUUGCAGCAGUGGAUCAAAUCUUCAGAUAUUCGAGCUUGUGAGCUCUGCAAAUUUCAAUUUGUCAUGUACAGCAAAAUAAAACCAAUAAUGCAGUGGGAGCAGUUGGAGUUGUCAGCAUUAGAACGGCGUAAACUUCUAUGUAUGGUUCUAUUCCACACUGCAGCAUUGUCAUGUGUGCUGUGGUCUCUCCAUGUGUUGAUUGAUGGCACUUUGGAAGAAAUCAACAAAGGAUACUUAGAGUGGUCAUUAUGGACAAAGUUGAUUGGAGUGACAGCAGUUUUUAGCGGAGGAGUAGCAUAUAUUUUCCAUCAAGGAAAAGCAUACUGUGCACUUUGUCGACGUUGGCGAGCUUUCAACAGGGUUAUAUACGUGCAGAAUGCUCCAGAAAAGAUAGCUUUAGAAGCUCAUCAAAAUUCUGCGCUCUCUCAAACACAAUGUGUUGAGAGUGCAAACUCCCUCCUAGGAUCUGGGGGCUGCUGUGGAGUCGAGACUGAAUCUGCUUUAGCAGAUAAUCGUGAUAACCUUCAUGAGCGGAGUGCAAGCAUAGACCUACACCAAGAUCCAGCAACAUCCACUAGUCACUCCAGUAAAUCUGACGGCUCCAUUUGCAAGCAAGACAGUAUUCAAGAAAAGAGGAUGUGGUUCAGGAGCUCAUCUAUUUACGGAUCUAAAGAUAACCUUGGUGCUAUUUCAAAGUCUGGUUCACUCAGUAAUGAUGAUAUCUCCAUCACAUCUUAUGAUGAGCUUUCACACAACUGCCUGAGGCCGAGUGGAAACAGCAUACAUGAAGAUAUGGAACCUUUGCCACCACCUGCUGCAUUUGUUGAUAUUGCCACCAACACUGAACUGGUUUAUGAAAAUGAGAAAUUAGAUAUGAAAACCUCUUGCAAGUCGUCUUCCAGUGCAAGUGGUAGCCCAGUUCUUCCGCCAGACAACUUAUCAAAAUCCUGCAGCUCUUCCAGAGUUUCUCUCAACAAAUUUCCAGAACAAACUCCUGUUCCCAGCCAAUCAACUGCCAUACCAGCAUCAUCUGAUACUGUGCAGGAAGUGAAUGUUGACAUAAAGGUGAAUAGAGGCCUCAUGGUGGGCAGUGGUCUCACUUAUGGCCGCCCAACACGAGUUGGAUAUCCAUAUUUACUGUCUACAUUUCAUCCAUUGAUACCACAAAAUCUUGGUGUUGAGAAGGGAAGGCGCUCGGCCUCGAGUUCUAGUAGCAGCAGUGAGGAGUGUGUGGCUUCUCUGAUGAGGCAGCAGCAUGUUGCUCAUGAUUCAAACACCCCGAAACUUCAGCAAACACGUCCCUGGACUGUUGGUGGGCCCUAUUUUCUGCAGUCAACCAGUUAUCAGCAGCCUGACGAAACAUGGAGUCACACAACGGAUGAUGUUCGAUCUGAAAGGUCUGGAAUAAGACCUUCUACAACAAGCUCUGACUCUUCAAACAGGUUCCAAUGUACAUCAAGGUCACAGUCACCACUUUUGGCUGCUGCUAAAUCCCACCCAAAGCCAAAAUGAUUUCCCAUUGUUUAAUAUUUGGGGCCAAAUGUGCAAUCUUACCUAUUGUUAAGGCUGUGAGUGAAAAUGAGUGCUUCAUUAUUUGUGAACUACUUUUUAGUCAAGGUUUGGUUUUAAAUUAACCUGGUUCAUCCCGUUACUUAACUAAUGAUGUAAGUUAUCUGUAAUUUUAAUGUGUAUUUUCAGUCUUUAAAUGUCUUCCUCUGAUGGUAUAAUUUGACACGAAUUGUGUGAGUUUUUUCAGCUGACUGGAUUUGCUAGAAAGCUUAUUAAAUCCUGUUUCCAGUUUUGGAAAUGUUUUUUAAAACAAAAUGAUGCAUGGUUGUUUAACUGGUUAGAUUUUGGCAUCUGAGAUAAUAUUCCUUAGAACUUAACUUACUCCAUGAUUUUUGUAAUGAUACAAUAUAUUAGCUUUACUACCUUUUUUAAGCUUAAAGUAUAAAGUGAAUUUGAUACAUAUUAGGAUACUAAGCUGUUCAGUCCAUAGAUCAGGUUUCUUUAAGAGAUAGUCUCAGGUGCUAGAAUGACAAUGCCAAAUCACUGCGAUCAAAUCAACAUGAUUUAAAGCGACCUUUCUUCGUUCACUGCCAUUUGCGUCAUGUUUCAUUCCUCUCUCUCUCCCUGUUUUUGCUCCCCUCCCCAAGUGUGUGGUACAUACCUGCUGCACUGGUGUAAUAUUAAUGGUUCUAAACAGUUAAGUCAAUUAUGCUGUUUUGGGGCUACCUCUAUCAACUAUGUAUGUUUUGCUUUUCUUCCUAAUUUUUCUCAUGCUGUUUUUGGCAUUAGUAUUUCAUGAACAUAGACUGGUCCUGCUUCAAUUUUUAAAGGCCUCUCUUUUUUUUUCUCUCUCUCUCUCUCUCUCUCUCUCUUACCUUUGCAGGGCUUUGAAUGAUAUGCUCCUUUUUAUUUUUCUCUUGACUUUUGCUACAUAGCAUACUGUACCAAAAUAAGACAUGCUCUACUUUGUUUUGUGAUAUACUGUCUUUAGUCAGUUAUACUGUAUUUUGUUUCUGGUUCUUUUUGUUGACAUUAAUUUCCUGCUAUGUUCUUUUGUUUUGUCGACUAGUUAUUGUUUUAUAACUGAUGCUCUUUGUUUAGUUUUUUAUUUCUGUGCAAGACUGAUCUUGUUAAAGCAGGGUACAACCAUGAGACCAGGACUAACCCUUGAAACAUGUCAACUGGUUUCUCUUUUCCCUUUUUGCUUUAUUUAUUUCUUCCAAAAAAGAUCAAACUUUUAAUCUAUGGCUUUGUUAAUUUAUUUGUUCUUAGUUUUAAGAUAGCAGAUGAAAAUGGUUUGUACGUACAUCUUGGAUCCCACUGUUGCUCAAUACCUGGUAUGAGGGUACAAUGCAUAUACGCCUGCAUCAACGCUCAAACUCAUCAUGUGUGAUCUUCCCUCUGUUACAAACUAGGUCUAUAAAAAUGAACAUGCUGUAUUUAACAUCAAAAUGUGAGUGGAUUUUUGAAUCUAUAAUAAUGAUCUAGGGUUUCUGCAAUUUAUUUCAAUAUUACCUGGUGCAGCACUUUAAGGACAAUAACUUGAACAUUUUAUUUGCCAAUUAAAGGAAGAUACAAUCUAUCUCACAUUUUUAAACAAAAGGUUGGGUUGUGAAACUGAUCUAAGCUUGUCAAGCAACAAGAAGCAAAACCAGCAAUCUUAUCACCAUUAUGACAGCCUUAAAACUGUAGUACUUUUAAUAGUGUGAAUAGCUUGUACUUAUAUACCUCAUACCUCAGCAUGCAGACCUUGAUGAAGUUUACCUUGUGUUCACCAGUGUAUAUAUGAUGUUGAGAGUCUGAAAGCAUAGAAGUCUCUCAAAGGGAUCUGUUUGUUAGACUUCGAGUGUACUUCAUGGCAGCAGUUAUUGCUUGAUAGGUGACAUUAUUCUCCCCUUAUAAACAUUGUUUUGUAGCAAAGACUGUUUACUCAAGUAAAGAACUAAAACUUUUAUAUGACUUGUGUUUGUAUGUAUUUGAGUGUGUUGGGUGUUGUAGAGAUAGCCUUUCAGGCUUUCAGCCUCAGACUCAAUGUAUUUCUCUCUCUGGAAUCAGGAGACUCUAGUACGGUCUCUGAUAAGUAGUUAUAUGUAGCGCUCUUUUCUCUAUAAUUAAUUUCAUUCUUAUUCAUGUACAUGUUAGUUCUAUAAUUGUACAUACUUAUGUGUAAAAGCAAAUUUCUUUUUCAGUAAUUGAGUCAAUUUUUUAUUAUGAAAGGAAUUUGACUAACUGUUUAAUCAAGGUUUCUGUCAAUGGUCAGUUACUUUUCAUUCUCUUGUUCUGCUAAACUUCUUCCAGUUCACGAGAGGACUCUUCCAUUAUCCCCAUUGGCUCAAAACUUAUCUAGUACUUUUUUGACUUAGAUGAAAAAAUCAUUUCAGUUUAUUGUUAUACAUUUUGACGAGCCACAGUAUUACAAAGUGCUUUUCAGUUUGCUUCUGAUCCUCUGUAUUGUUUUUAGGAAAGUCUUGAUCAGUCCUUCUGUUUUUGUCAACCCCAGUACUUAAUGAUUGUUUGACGUUGAAGGUAAUUUACUGUAUGGUCGUUCCUUACUUUUUGCUUUAUUUCUUAAUCACCAAAGCUUGUUGUUGUGCGUGAAAGUGUGAAUGUUGCAGCGCAGCAAUGUGAUGUGAUAUUUAUAUGUGAUUGAAAUAUGUUUUGCUUAAUUAAUUUAAAACUGCAAGUGAGAGGGUGAAGGAAAUGUUUUGUAGUUUUUUUUUGUUUGUUUUAUUUUUUGGUGACUUACGGUUUUAAUCCUUUUGACUUAUAUGUACUAGCUUACCCUAAGCAUUUUACCAAAUUUAGGUAUAUACCUUAUACAAAUAUAUAUUAUGGUCACAAUAUUACUUAUGUGUACUUAUUGCUGUGGACUUUUUGAAUAUGAAUAAAACUUUGAUUGUCUU